GGACUAUUGUGAUUUCGUCCUGUUCGCAGUGUUAUAAUGGCGGCCACUCAUUUGAUGAGGGUGAUCGAGCUUCUUAGUCCGUUGGUGUUCAUGAUCGCCAUCAACGGUUUUAUCGAUCCUGCCCAGGCAAGAGCGGUAAACAUCAGCAACACAUGGACCUUGCCUCAGGAGGGAUUCUCGGUUUUCUACCGCUACUUCCGGGAUAAAAUCUCUUGGUUCGAGGCCGACGCCGUCUGCCAAUUUCAUCACGCAAAUCUCGUAACAGUCAACAAUGGAGUGCAGUUCGAUUCAACGCGCGCAUUUUUGAAAGAACUCGACGUCACCGGUGCGGUGUGGAUUGGAUUGAUGCGGCCGGAGAAUUCAGCGCGCUUCACGUGGAUCAGUUCGAGAACGCUCGAUGCGUCCAACAACGGUUACUGGGCGGAAGCGAUCCCGGCCAUUGAGCAACCGCUCUGCGCUGUACUCGAUCCGGUGCGUGACUUCCGUUGGCAUGCCCUCCGCUGUGGGGGUCCUGAAACUGCCGCGUUUCUUUGCGAACUACCAGUACCGGCAUGGGCGGUCGAUUGCACCCUGACGUCCAUCCCAUCGCUAACGGUGCAGUACAUGUCGGACAGCGGAACGGUACAGCUGGCGCGCGAUUGUGGCGAGUCUGGCACGAAGCAUAUUUCGUGCCAGGGCAAGCAGGACCGAGACAGCAUGGUCGAGCAGCUGCAAUGCAGCGAAACGGAGAACCUGGUGUCGGUGCUUGCCACCGACAACAGCAACCGGCUCCAGUUGCCCCCGGUCCUGUCCUCCAAGGAGGCUCCAGGUGGGGGCGAUGUGAAAGAGCCAAUUACGAUUACUGCUGCCGGUGGCGAUCGUGCCAUGCAGCACCAACAACCGCAGCAACCGAUAUUGGAGCACGACAUCCUGACGGUGGUGUCGGGUAACGACGACGAGGAAAGCAGCAGCACUGGCGAAGGCAACAAUAUCGAAAUCAACCCGAACCAGAUCGAAGACACGGUCAAGAACGUGAUCAAACAGUUCAACCUGCAGGGCAUGAUGCAGAACGAGCAGAUGGCGGUGCCUGGUGACGAAUCACCCAGCCUGCCUAGCAUGGAACAGGACCCGGCCGUGGCCGGUAAGAAACAGGGGUACAUGAAAAAGCACUCGAAAAAGAAUCGCUACGAAACCAAGGUGACCGGGCAGCGUGGUAAACAUGACGACGUCAAGGAGGCUUUUGGGAUGGAGCUGGAGGCCGAAGACGACGAUGAACGGAUGCUGGGGGAUCAACCGUUGACGGACGAGACGGAAACGCAACCGAUCGACAUCAUCCAGGAAGCGGUGAAGCUAACGCCCGAUGGUGACUAUCCGAUGGUAGAACCGGCGGUAAUGGUCACCACCAGAGUAGCGGCCGUCACGAGCGUUCCGACCGAGGGCGACCCAUCUGCACCGACUACCGCCGAUUCGCGCAUCCGACGUGCCACGGCUGCCGGCCGAGAAACUACCGCACCGGAUGAGUUCUCGGCCGCGUCCGAUGACCUGGCCGUAGCAACGCAAUCUUCAUCCUGGACCACGUGGCCUACCGACACGUCAGUAACACACACGACCGCGAUCAAUCACGUUUUACCAACCACAUCCAGGAAGGAACUGUACACCAGCGAUCACUUCAUUCCGCCGAUGCUUCUGGUGAAAGCUCGACUAAUUUUCGCUCGGCCGCUCGCCGAUCCGGCCAUUACUUCCACGCCUGUCACCGUUGCGUCGUCGGAGAUGCCCGAAACUGAUUGCAUCACUUCGCUGCCGAACACGAGUGACGACAUUACGUCGAUUUCGUCGUCGUCAGCGACUGUGCAAAAGGAUGAUUCAGGAGCGGAAAGUAAGGGCGCCGUUGUGACACUGGACGUUCCGACGCCUGCAACGAUCGCCGUGAAGAACGAUCCGCACGAUGCCGGCGCCGUCACUCUGACUCUGCCCAGCACGGUGCCGUCCGUCCAUGGAGUGACGGAUACGCACCAGUCCUUGGUCGCCGUUACGCUGGACGACACAUCGGUCAGCUCGACCACCGGAGUACCUAAUGUCGGUACAGGAAACGUAACCGCCGAAGUUGCGCCGACUUCCACCCGCGAUUCGAACCUAUCCGAAAUCGUUUCGGUUACCGGAGACACGGUUGAGCUUUCGGUGUCAUCGACGACACCGUCCCGUAGUUCGCUAGUCGAAGACCUGCGAUCUUUCGGUACCACCAUUUCACCGAUUCAAACAGCAAACAACUCGUGGCUUCCAUCGAGUGCUCCAUCGACGGAGUUGCACCAUGACGACCAUGUGGACGGCCCAGUAAAGAUUGAAGGACACCAUCCGGUGGAUGGUGAGCUGCUCGCGGGGGAGGAGCAUGAACAGGGGGCCGACGGUGGCGAACCGCUUGGAACGGGGCAGCCUUCCGAGCUGAACAACAUGUUUUCCAACGUUGACAACUAUCAACCCUACAAACCGAACCGACAUCGCUCCCUCACCAAACAAGAGCAACACAUCAACCAUGCCAACUACAUCAAAAAGAUUCUCGGUUGAACGGCUGGAGCUGGAGGACCCGGAGUCGUCAAUCUUUCUCUCUUACACACAUACACACACGCUCGUUCUCCAAGCACCAAGUUCUAGGACUGCACCAUUUGGCGCCCGCAUGAUAAUUGCAUUGUGACGAUGAUCUAAAGCAUAAAAAUCGGCCGAUGCACGGAAAGUUUUUGGAGACGAUGGCAACAACCGGAGUUCGACCGUGUAAACGGAGGGAGCGAUACAACGCUAGGUUUAUGUGGGAAUGUAGUAGUAGUACAUUCUCUUAAUCAAUGCCAGGCGUUGGUUUACGAAUAAGCCCAAAGCCCUAAGUUCAAAGACAGGCCUUUUAAAGACCAAUUUGGUUGUUUUUUUGUUUAAUCUCUUAUUCUUUGCCUUCACGAACCCAAUUUCACGAUACGAAAUGUUGUGUUUAUUGUGCAAACGUACCCCCCGUGAGCAACUAAAUUUGGAAAAUCAAACUGAAGUAAAAAGUUUUCGAUCAGGAUUUCGAUGGGAAUGUGCACUCAAUUAUCGCCGGUCCAUUACCAAAGCAUUUCUCGUAUCGGAACCUUGAACUAGUUGAGAAAUGAUAUUUUAGAGUUCAACCGGCCCAUAGAAAGGCACCCGUGCAGUUUUCCCCGUUGUCAACCGUAAAAUGUAGCGACUUCAGUUGACUGAAUGACAAUCUAUCGAUCGUUUGCAAGACACAUAAUGUAAGUGCUACGGUGUGCCACAUUCUCAAGGUCAUCCGGAAAAAUAAUUUCGAUCCUGAAAGUACCACUCUCGUAUGUUACUCGUUAGGUUUAUGCAUCUAAAUUAGACGUUAUGCAUCGCAAAUGUUCAAUUAUUUG